AUGCGUGUGCAACAGGCGGUUCUGCUGCUGCUGCUGCUGCUGGCGGCCUCAGGCUGCAGUAUACGCGUCUUCACGUCUGGAGAUGUAAAGGCAGUGAACGGGACGGACGUGCGGCUGAAAUGCAGCUUCCAGAGUUCAGCCGCGGUCAAAGAGACGACACUCACUGUGUCCUGGAGCUUCAGACCGCUCACACACGGACACCAGGAGACGGUGUUCUACUACCACCAGAAGCCGUACCCGCCGCCGGAGGGCCGGUUCCGCAGCCGUGUGCAGUGGGUUGGAGAUGUGAGCCGCGGCGACGCCUCGCUGGUUCUGCGCAGAGUCCCGUUCUCCUACAAUGGAACCUUCAGCUGCCAGAUCAGGAACCCGCCGGACGUACAUGGGAACAUAGGAGAGGUGCGGCUGAGCGUGGUCACCACAGCCUCGCUCUCUGAGAUGCUGAUCCUCUGUUUGUCCAUCGGGGGCGCUGUCCUCCUCCUGCUGCUGUUGUCGGGGGCGACAGCGGUGUGUGUGCGCAGCGGCUGCAGACGCAGGAGUGCAGAACACACGCACUCGCACACUCUGGCUGCAGAACAACAACUGUGGAGACAAGAGAAGUGAAGAGGACCUAAAGGAGACCAGUCUAAUCCCACAGGACCAUGAGCUGACAGACUACACACACACACUAACACACACAUGCUUUUACACACAAACACACACUCACGCACACACUUAUAUGCAUACUCACAUUUAUACACACAAACACACACUUAUAUACAUGCUCAUAUUUAAACACACUAAUACACACAAACACUAAUACACUCACUCACAUAUAUGCUUAUAAAUACACUAACACACACACACACACACACACACACACACACACACACACACACAUUAAAA